AUGGUGGCAAUGGCUUUUUUGGUGAUGAGUAUUUCAAUGCAGGGUCUGGCUUACGGGACUAAGUCGAAUAGCUGCCAUGUUUACCGAAUUUCCCAAUGUGAAACAGUGAACUCAGCAAAUCCGAAUAUUCUUGUCGUUGUCUCUGGCUUGAAUUUCGACUUAGACUUGUCUUUCCUUGGAAAUAAAUCAGUGAAUCUCUCAUUCACUAAAAAACUAGUAUUUGAAGCACAUAGGUACGGAUUUACAGAUUUAGCUAUAUGGGAAAGCAAUGAUGUGAACAAAGCUUGUGGAAUCGUGCGAGAUGACAUGACGAGCAAGACAGGGUUUUUGUUGGACAAGGGGUUUCCAUUAUUUGUGAGUGAAUUUGGGAUGGACGAAAGAGAGACCAAUACAAAUGACAACAAAUUCAUGAAUUGCUUCUUGAGUUAUGCAGCUGAACUUGACUUUGAUUGGGCCAUUUGGGCACUCACUGGGAGUUACCACAUUAGAGAGGGAACAACUGAUAUGGAGGAGUUCGAUGGGCUACUUAAUUUUGAUUGGAGCAGUGUUCGAAAUCCAGGAUUUUUGCAGAGGAUCUCCACAAUCCAAUCUCCCUCUAAAGGCCCAGGUUUACCAGAAACUAACACAACAAUUAAUUUUCCAUCCUUCAACGGGUUUAUGCGUCCUAAGAAGAUCGGUGUUUGA